AUGAUUUUUCCAGGCGUUGUUCUGCAGUUCCUGGUCUUGCCAGUCGCAUUGGCGGUUACUGUAGACUAUACGGAGCUCAAGGAUAAGAAAGGCAAUGGCAUUCCUGACUUCAGCUUUUGUGGCUACCAUGCCUCGAAUGAUCCUCUUCCUGACUCUCAUCGAGCAGCAGCAGUCACGAUUCAAGCUGCUAGCGGCGACCAAAGCAAGCAGAUUCAAGAUGCAUUGAACAACCUUUCUUCAUCUAGCGGCGGUGGUGUCAUCGCGCUGGCACCGGGCGACUACCAUCUCAACUCUGGUCUAACCAUCCCCAGGGGUAGCGGGGAGUUCAGCGUGAUCACCAUGGGUACCAAGGUCUCAAAUCCUAAGCCCGGCACUUCAUUUGCAAUCACGGACAAAUACGUGCCUGUCGGCGCGACCAAAGUGACCGUCAAAGACUCGACAGGGUUGAAAGUGGGACAGAAUGUUUGGGUACAAAGGGCCGUGACGGCGAAAUGGGUGCGCGCGAACGGGAUGGCUGAUCUCGUCCGGGACGGUGAACAUCAGACCUGGCUCACACCUCAAGAUACUGUCUACCAGCCUCGAAUUGUCAAAGCCAUUUCGUCCAACACAGUCACACUAGACAUACCUCUGACUGACCAACUUGACUCCGCUUAUAUGUCCCCCAAGCUUGUGAUAUACACGCCACCAUCCGCUCCCUCUGAGCUCGGUGUUGAGUCCAUGAGCAUCACUCUAUCCCCCAGCUGCUCAGGCAAGAUCAUAACCGACAACUCAUGUCAGGGAAGCGCCCUGACAAUCCUUCCAUGGGUCACCGACAGCUACGCGCGCGGGCUGUCUAUUACAGGUUUCAACAACGCCGUGAAGAUCGGACAAAAUUCUUCGAGGAUUACAAUCCAGAGCGUGUCUGUCCACCGGGACCACGCCACAGAUAACGGCGCCGGCUAUGCUGCCGACAUUGCCAUCUCCGGGACACAGGUUCUAGUUAUCGACAGCGGCACCAAAGGUGCCGCAGAUGCUAAAUCAUUUCCCAUUGUAACACAAGGUCUCAUCCCCGGCCCCAAUGCUGUGGUACGCCAUUUCGGACAGCAACCAGUCAUGCAAAUCCAGCCGCACGCACACUGGGCGCACGGCCUGCUCGUGGACAACACGACGGCGACGACGACGCUCAUCAACCGCGGCACGGCGGGCAGCGGGCACGAGUCCCCCGCUGGGGACGAAUUGGGGAGUUGGAUGUCAUGGUGGGAGUAG